AUGGGCGCCAUCUCGCCGGGCAGAGAGGAUGUGGUUAGGAGCGGGUUCAAGUUUGGCGCCAACAAGGGUGGCGGUGGUGGGGCCAAGGCUGGUGGCUUUAACUUUGGUGCAAAGUCUACAGCCGGAGGCGGCAACGCAGCGGGUGGCGCCAAGAAGGCUGGCGGCUUCAACUUUGGUGGGAGCAAGACAACCGCAGGCGGGAACGCAACGGGCGGAAAUGCAGCUGGUGGAGCAGGCGCCAAGGCGGGUGGCUUCAACUUUGGCAACAAGUCGGGGGCAGCAGGUGGUGCCGCUGCCGGUGGUGCCAAGGCGGGUGGCUUCAACUUUGGCAACAAGACAACCGGCGGAGGAGGAGGGGCGAGCGACAACUCUGCGGGCUCCAGCACCGGCAACACCACCGCGCCUGGGCCAAAGUACAAUGGCAGCACGACGCUGUCCAAACUGGAAGCCGAUGACAAGAAUCGGCUCAACCUGGUCAAGAUUGCGCAGGCGAUCAACAAUGCCAAGGCGGAAGCGGCCAAGGUCGGGAUGCACUCGUCCAAGGAGCUGCUCGAGAUCCAUAACCGGACCCGCGGGAACUCGCAGCAGCUAGUGGCGGUGGUGGCAGAGAUCGAGCAGACUCGGUUGGCGGUUGAGCAGCUGCGGCUCGAGGUCUCGCACGAGCUGAAGCAGGCCGAGUACGCGUCGAGGAUGACGCUCUCGAGCGCGGCCACCUUGUCGGGCGACAUGCCGGCCUUUACGGAGGCCUACUUUCGGCGGCUGCUGCAGUCGUUCGAGUCCAAGAUGGACGAUUUCCGCGUCAACAUCCGUCAGGUCGAGAGCCAUCUGCAGGCUGCGCAGGAGCGCCGCCGGUUCACGCCGCAAAUGCUGAAGGAAAUCAUGCGCAACCAGCACGAGUUUUUCAUGGCGGUCGCCGCCCAGGUUGCUGCCCUCCACGAGGCCAUGGACACCCAGCGCGAGAGCUACCUCCAGUGGUGCCGCUCGCGCCAGGACUACUCCAACCCGUUCGACGAGGCCGACGAGCGCGAGCGCCGCCGCGUCGCAGAGGCCGAGCGCAAACUGCUCAAGGUCAUCAUGCCCGAGCGGGAAAAGGUCAUCCAUGAGGCUCUCGAGAAGGCCCGCCAGGCUGCAGGCAUCGCCACAGGCAACAAGACCAGCACCGGCUUUGGCUUUGGCAACAAGUCGGGUGGCGGCGGCGGCGGUUUCAACUUUGGCAACAAGGGCAACGCCGCAGGCGGCAACAAGGCCGGCGGUGGCUUCAACUUUGGCAACAAGGGCAACGCCGCAGGCGGCAACAAGGCCGGCGGCGGCUUCAACUUUGGCAACAAGGGCAAUGCCGCAGGCGGCAACAAGGCCGGCGGCGGCUUUAACUUUGGCGCAAAGAAGGCAGGUGGUGGCGGCGGCGGCUUCAAGUUUGGCACUGGAAGCUCUUCGUCCAACUCCAACCACACGUUUAGCGGUGGCACCAGCGCCAACGGCGCUGCUCGUGGCAACUCUCACAACUUUGCCUCCAACCAACCAAGUGGUGGGCUCGGCAACCGCAACAGCAACAACAACAGCAACAACAACACGUUUUCGUCCAACGCCAACGCCCGCUCCAACGCCGGCUUUGGCAACCGUUCCGUCAGCUUUGCCGGCCAGCCGUCAGGCUUCCAGCCGCCAGCCCGCCCUUCCUUUCGCCCCAACGCCACCGGCUCCGGCUCCGGCAAUGGUAGCGCCAGGUUUGGCGGCGAUCGGCCGCACACGACCACGCCGGUCAACACUUCGAGUGACGCCACUGCAGGCGCCCCGAAGAAGCCGCUGCUCGCCGCCGAGAACUUUGGCAACGCCGUGCCGACCCUGCGCCUGCCGAGCCGCGGACGGCGAAACAACAAGUGA